CUGAUUUUAAUGUCAUCUAAAUAUUAUUCAAAAAUAAAUUCAAAUAUACCUUCAGUGUUAUUAAAUUUUCGCGUAAGAAAUGCAACCCUGCACUAUGCUAGCCUUCCACUGCUGCUGUCAGUUUCCGUUAGCGCGAGUGAAAAACUAUUGGCUGCAUUUGCAGUGGUUUAUUAAAAUGUGAAUUUCAAAUAAAAAGUACUAAAAGUAUGGAUUUUUUUUUAUUCUAAGGAAAAAAAGGAAGACCAACUAUAGAUAAUUGGUCGAAAAAGAAACCGGGCGUUAUUGAGGGUGUACUUAAAUGCUUCGGAAAAGUGUAUAACACGGUGCAAAAUGUGUGGUGGGGAGAAGUAACAUAAGAAAAUUGGUUUUUUAGUAAAAAAUUAUGGAAAUCUGCAGUAAUCAAUUAGGUGCAGUAGAAUCUUGAGUCAAGGAAAGCAAGUUUUUAAGAAUUUCAGGAUAAAGUUCAAUUAUAAAUACGAAAACUACAUAAUGGGAGAUAUUCAAACUUUGAUUGAUAUGGGUUUUGCCAAGGAAAGAGUGGAAUAUGCUGUUAAAAUUACCAAUAAUAAAGGUGUUGAGCCGGCAAUGGAAUGGUUGUUGGCGCACGCCGAUGAAAAUAUACCAGCCGAAGCGGCGGCACCUGAAGCAGAAGCAGAUAAAAGUGGGAGCGAUGCUAGUCAAGCGGAUGCUGCCACUUCUUCUGUCGCUGAAGCAAAAUCGCUAAAAUGCGAUGACUGCGGAAGAUUGUGCAAAGAUCAAACUGAAGUCGAAUUCCAUGCAGCCAAGACUGGACAUAGCAACUUCUCUGAAUCCACGGAAGAGAAGAAACCUCUUACAGAGGAAGAAAAGAAAGCACAACUGGCGUUAAUUGAAGAAAAGCUGAAGCAAAAACGUCGUGAAAGGGAAGAACGUGAAAAAGCCGAUGCCAUGGAACGUGAGAAAAAUCGUAUUAAAUCCGGCAAGGAUAUGACCGAAGCACGAAAACGUAUGGAAGAGUUAGAAAUGAAAAAGAUUGUGGAUCAACGUAAGCGUGAAAAGGCGGAAGAGAAAGCAGCAAGAGAUCGCGUACGUGCACAAAUUGAGGCCGAUAAGGCAGCACGCAAAGCCAGAGAACAAAAUCAAACUGAGCCAGCAUCACCAGUAACUUCCCCUACCGUGACGUCGCCAGCGUCCACAUCUGCUGUCAAGGCGGUACCAAAAGAUUACACACAAACUCGCAUACAGGUGCGUUUGCGUGAUGGUUCCACACUGACUGAAACGUUCAAUGUUAAAGAACAGUUAUCUGCCGUGCGCGUUUUCAUACAACUGAAGACCGGCGAUGAGACACCUUUUAAUUUGAUGACGACAUUUCCACGUAAAGUUUUCACAGGAGAUGAUUUCGAUGCACCACUUGAUGUGCUCGGUCUGGUACCAUCUGCUGUUCUUAUUAUGACUAAAUAAACGCAAUUUUAUCUGAUAUGGAGAAUUUAUGAAAAGAAGUAUUGCGUUUUCGUGUGAGUCGUCAUAAUUUUAUUUUAUUUUUUUUUUUUGCUGUAAUUCAAUGUAGCGUUUUAUAUUCAACUUAUUUGUAGUAUUAGUGAGACAUACUCAAAUAAAAGAGCCAGUAUAAAUACAAAAACAAAUAA